UGCCCGCCCACUAGUCAUAAAGUCAAGAGGAGCCUCAGCUCCUCACUCCUCUGAGAUCCAGCUCCAGCCUCCCGCAUCGAGCUCCGCUACAGUCAUGGGACUCCACUGGGCCUUUAUCAUCCUGAGCUUUGCACCUCUGCUCAUGGCUCAGCAGCCAAUCUGUGCCAGCCUGACUACAACAAUCUUUAAUGACACUAUCAUAGACCAGUUGUCUGGCAAGUGGUACUUCAUUGGCUCAGCUAUAGGCUACCUUCCCUACAAAGAAGAGACCCAGAUUAUCAAUUCAUCCUUCUUCUACUUGAUUCCCAACAAGACGGAGGACAUAUACCAAGGAAAUGAAUACAAUACCAUUGGAGACAAAUGUAUGUAUCAGGAGGCUAACCUCACCAUCAAAAGAGCCAAUGGAACCCUUUUAAAGAAUGAGUCAAAUCAGCUCCACACUGGCUAUGUUGCACGGACCCAGGACCCGAAUACCUUUAUACUUUACUUCUUUCCAAUGGACAGAAAUCUUCGAUCAGUGUUUUUUUCUGCUCGAACCCCAGAGGCUUCUGAGGAGCAGCUGAAAGAGUUCCAAGAGAUUGCCAAGUGUCUGGGCUUCCAAGAGGAGGAGAUUAUAUACGUGGAUUGGAGCAAGGAUAUGUGUAAGGAGUUGGAGAAGGAGCACAAUCAGAAGAAGAAGAAGGAAACCAAGGAUGUAGACAAGGAAAAAGAACUCUCCUAGGUUUGAAUGAUGUAGCUCACCUGUGGCUCCUUUGUUAUUCAAUCUAGAGGCCAGUUAAAUAAAAAACCAUGUUGUCUUUACUCCAAGUCAAAGCAAUAAACUUUUAUUUAUUCACAUUCA